AUGGACUAUUCUAACUUUGCUGAUCCACUCGCUUUGAUUCUUCAAGAUUAUGAAGACUCUGACGAAAAAAAUGUAGAAUCUAAAAGUUCUUCAGAUCAAAUACUUUCGGGAAUAUCAACUGCCGCUUUAUCAGAUUCUUUGAAAAAGACAACUUCAAAACUUCAACUUCAAAAACAAACCAAAUCAACUAAAUGUCAAAAUUGUGACAACGUUUGGAAGUACAAGUGUCCAAGAUGUAAUUUUCACUCGUGUUCAUUGGAUUGUUGUAAAAUACAUAAAGAAAAAUAUUCUUGUAAUGGUAUAAGGUCAAAAGUUGAAUUUGUCCCGAUUGAACAAUAUGGAUAUAAAAAUUUAAUGAGUGAUUAUGUUUUUCUCGAAGAUGUAUCCCGUACAAUUGACUCUGCUCAUCGUUAUAUAAUUGAUAACAAACGAACGCGAAAGAGAAAUUACAAUAAAUAUUCCCAUACUCUAAAAAGGAAAAAAUUUAAUAAAAGGCAACAAGAGUGA